UGCUACAAGGCAGAUAUUUUCUCUUUUUUUAUGUUUCUCUUCACAAGUAUCGCCAUAUUUGUUGUGGCAUCACCGUCAAAAUCGACAAAAACUCUAUGGACAGUGCUUAGCAGUUAUGGCAG